CCAAAAUUGGUUGCAGCUUGUGUAGAGUUGAAGGUCCUUUGGUAUGCACGUCGAGUGUUCGAUCAAAUUACUGAACCAAAUGUUUUCCUUUGUAACUCUAUACUUAAAGGGUACUCAGAAAACGAAUUCUACAAGGAAACGAUGCUUGUUUUUAAUCAGAUGAAGAAUAGAGAUAUUAAACCUAAUUGCUUUACCUUCCCAUUUGUGAUCAAAUCUUGUAAGAAGCUUCUGGAAUUGGUGGAAAGUAAGAAAGUUCAUUGCUUUGUGAUUAAAGCUGGGUUUCAAGAUAACCCAUUUAUUAGCAUUUCAAUGAUUGAUUUGUAUUCAACUCUUGGACAAGUAAAAUCAGCACGUACUAUGUUUGAUGUAAUGCCUGAAAGAAAUAUUGUAGCUUGGACUACGAUGAUAUCCGGCUACAUUUUAUCAGGUGACAUUGAAAAUGCACGUUCCCUCUUUGAUUUAACACCAGAUCGUGAUGUAAUUAUUUGGAACACCAUGGUUUCUGGUUAUAUUGGCGAGGGAGACAUGUGUACAGCAAAGAAGUUAUUUGAUGAGAUGCCGUAUCCAGAUAUAAUGGCAUAUAAUACUAUAUUGAUUGGGUAUUUCAAUAAUGGUGAAUUCGAGAAAGGUGAGAGGUUCUUUAACGAAAUGCCUGAGAAAAAUGUGUUCUCAUGGAAUGGGUUAGUCGGUGGAUAUGCACGUAAAAGUCAGUUUUCUAAGGUUUUGGAUGCUUUUGAUAGGAUGCUAAAGGAAUCUUCUGAUAUUCCACCUAAUGAUGCAACACUUGUGAGUGUUUUGACGGCCUGUUCGAGAUUAGGAGCUCUGGAUAUGGGGAAAUCAGUUCAUGUUUAUGCAGAGAGUAAUGGGUAUAAACAGAAUGUUUAUGUGGGGAAUGGGUUGAUCGACAUGUAUUCAAGAUGUGGAAGCAUAGAAGACGCACUUGAUGUUUUCAAUGGAAUGAACUCGAAAGACCUGAUUACUUGGAAUUUAUUGAUUAGUGGGUUGGCUAUGCAUGGGCGUGGAAGUGAUGCUUUAACAAUGUUUGAUCAGAUGAUAAAUGCCAAUGUGAAGCCAGACAAGAUAACCUUUGUUGGUGUUUUAUGCGCUUGCACUCAUAUGGGCCUGAUUGAUGAAGGGUUUUCCUUGCUAAAUAUGAUGAUUACGGAUUACUCUAUCACGCCAGAAAUUGAGCACCAUGGGUGCAUCGUCGAUCUUCUAGCAAGAGCAGGAUAUCUUGAAGAAGCUUUUGCUUACAUAAAAGCGAUUCCUAUGCAAGCAGACGCUGUUAUAUGGAGUGCUUUACUUGGUGCCUGUAGAACUUACAAGAAUAUUGAACUUGCAGAGUAUUGUCUUGAACAGCUUAUCAAGCUUGAACCAAAAAACCCUGCAAAUUACGUCAUGCUUGCGAAUAUAUGCAAGGAUAUGAACAGAUGGGAAGAUGUUUCAAGGUUAAAAGUUGCAAUGAAAGACACAGGGGUUCGGAAACCUACUGGAUGCAGCUUAAUAGAAGUGAAUGGUAGUCUUAAUGGGUUCUACUCGUUGGAUGAGAAGCACCCCAAAAGAGAUGAGAUUUACAGGGUUCUGAAUCAAUUGGUGGAGCUGUUAAAAUUACCGACUUACAGUUCAAAACUUGGCACACUUGAGGAGUACUAUGUAUUUUAAAAGACACUUUCUUAAAUACGAUGUCUUCAAAUAAGGCAAAAGGAGAUGGCUAGAUUAUCGAAGGAUUCGAUGAUUUUUAAACAGCCACCACUUGGUUCUGACUUGUCUUAAGUUGACUUUGUUGCUUGCUGGUGUACAAUAUAUGGGAACUUCUGAAAACAUUUGAGCUAAUACAGUCACUCUACAGCUUUUCUAUGAACGUCUUGAAGUCUUCUUUUUCCACUUCCAUUUUUCCUUUUGUUAAACUGUAAUUUUUUUUCAUUGUAAUGUGGUGAUUCUGGUGACUAAACUCUGAAGCAAAAUUAGAUGGGCUAGGAUAUCCCAUUGUUUUUGCGUUUGGAGAGAAAACGACUUUUUCGACAUAAUUGAUUCCCAGACAAAAC